AUGGUCCGUCGCACGCAUCACGUCGCGUCACGCCACGUUGCGUCCCCGCACGUUGCGUCGCCUCGCCCCAAUCCGCUUUCACCGCCGUGGCGCCCGAACCAGCCGCCGCGCCCGCUGCUGCGCGCCGCGUCGCUCUUUACCGCUGCCGUUUCAAUUGUAUCCCUUUAUGCCUGCCUCCUGUUGACUCCCUCGCUCAUUCUCGUUCGCCAGAAGCCGCCUUCACUCACCCGCUCGCUCAUGCCAACUUCGCGUCCGCCCAACGGCAUGCGCGGGGGAGAGCGGGAGGAGGAAGGGGAGGAGGAAUUCGCGGAGAUGGGCGAGGGGGACGAGGAGCUGGUUGAAAUCGACUCCGGAGACGAGGACGUCCUGUCGGCCGACUUUGACGACGAUGAUGCACCUGCUGAGCUCGCAGACGAUGGCAUGGGGGGUGAGGAGGGCGAGGAGGGCGAGGGAGGGCAGGACGACUCAGUGCAUGUGUUCACGGCACACACAGGCAGUGUGUACGCCGUGGCAUGCAGCCCACUCCCGGGCGGCAGAGUGGCGUCGGGCGGCGGGGACGACGUGGCGUACCUGUGGACCAUAGGGCAGGCGGAGGACCCCAUCAAGCUGGAAGGGCACAGGGACAGCAUAGCGGCGGUGGAGUUCAGUGGGGACGGGCGGUGGGUGGCGACAGCGGGGAUGGACGGAGUGGUCAUGCUGUGGGACGCCGCCACGGGGGACAGGCGCCACCGCCUUGAGGGGCCCGGGGAGGCCAUCGAGUUUCUGACGUGGCAUCCACGGGGAGCGGUGGUACUGGCGGGGUCGGAGGACCUAACAGCGUGGAUGUGGAAUGCGGAGACGGGGGCGUGCAUGGCCGUCUUCACGGGGCACAGCGCGGGGGUCACAUGUGGGGCCUUCUCCCCCGAUGGUGGGUCACCUGUGGGGCCUUCUCCCCCGAUGGGCGGGCGGUGUGGACGGGGUCAACGGACGGGUCGGUGCGCUGCUCGGACCCGCGCUCUGCCGCCACCACCGCCACCCUCGCAGGCCCAUUGUUCCACAGCGACGCCAUCACAUGUCUGGCCAUGGCGCCUCAGGGCGCAGUGGGCGCUGCUGGCUCCGCCGACAACACCACCGCCCUCUUCGGCCUGCAGCAACCCAAGGUGUUGGGGGUGCUGGAGGGGCACACGGACUCGGUGGAGGCGGUGGUCUUCAACCCCCA